AUGAGCGAUCGACAAAACAGCGACAGCUAUGGAGAGGGUAAGUACAACAGCGGGGACCACAUGAGCGAUCGACAAAACAGCGACAGCUAUGGAGAGGGUAAGUACAACAGCGGGGACCACAUGAGCGACCACCACCACAACAGCAACAACCACAACAGCAACAGCUACGGAGAGAACGAGUCCACCAAUUACAACGGCAAGAAUGACAACACCAACGAUGACAUGAACAACAACAACGACAAGAACGACGACGGCAAUGAGGACAACAACAGCGACAGAUACGAAGGUGGCCACCACACCAGCGAUUACCACAAGAGCGGUGGCUACGGAGAUGACAACAACAACAACAACAACAACGACGACAACAAUAACCAAAUGAGUGGCAGCUAUGGAGAUGACAACCACGACAGCAGUAAUUACGGUAACGACCAUCACAAGAGCGGCAACUACCACAAGUACAACCACGGUCACCGCAACCACAACUACGGUCACCGCAACAGCGGAAGCUACGAGGAUGGCAGCUACAACGACGGCAACAUGGACAACAACAACAACGGUGACAACCACAGUAACGGAGAGCACACCAGCAACCACCACGAGAGAGGUGGAUAUGGAGAGGGUCGCUACAACGGCGACCACCACAACAGCGGUAGCUACGAAAAGUGGUAG